AUGGCACACAAUGAUAAGCGAGCCAUACACAUCGACUCCGACAAGGAUGAAACUAUUGAAAGGACACUGAAGAUGAUGGAACACCCCUCCACCACAGUGUUUACAGCAGGCAUCAAAGAGCACUGGGCAGUCCUGACAGUGGAAUUAAUAGCAAUCUACUAUGCACUCUUCCUCGCAUGGCAAUCGCACUUCGGUGCCACAAGCCUCCAAGCCACUCGAGUUGAACCCCUACACCAUCGCACCUACAUCAUUAUAAGUGACUCGCGCUCCGCACUUAAAGAACAUCAAGAAUUCAUCAAAACAGUCUGGAUGACAAAUAGUCUACAGCAUUCUAGAUACAACAAAACAGAUGAAAGAAACACCGCGAGUCAACAUCUGAAUGCAACGGGUGUCGGUCAACUGUGGUGGUAUCUUCGGAAAUGA